AACAACAGAGGACGGGGAAUGAAAUCAGGCAACUAUCUGCAGAUAUCCACCCUGACCUAGUACCAAUGAUAGAAAAAACAAAGACCAUGGUCAAAGAAGAAACGAAUGGGAAGAGGUUUUUUCCGACCAAAGCUUUCCACGACGCGCAAGACCACCUCCAAACGAACAGGGUUUUAGUCAUCAAGGGAAACACGGGGGAUGGCAAAACUUCUACCGCCAUUCAACUCCUACACUGGCUGAUAGAGGAGCAGCCAUCCAGACAACCCCUUCAGCUUCAUGACAUUAAGGAUUUAAAAUUAAUGACUCCAAAUUCUAAUCUUGUUACUUUUAUUGAUGAUAUUUUUGGAGAGAAAGAUGUAGGUAGAAUGGAUGUACAAGAGUGGAACAAAAGAAUCACAGAUUUAAAAACACUUUUUGUUAAUGAACAAAUCCAUGGCAAUUGUCUACUCAUUACAAUUCGUAAUGAAAUAUUUAAUGCUUUGGCAAAGUGUUCCUUGGGAGCAGUUUUCACCAAAGCUAACAUCAUUGAUCUGAGCUUAGACAAAUACAAAACGAAAAACGAAAAACAGAAACUUUUAGAGAUGUAUGAACCUGAUAAGUUUUCAUGGGAAGAUGAUGAAAAGAGAAAAAUUCUAGCUUGUUCACCAGAUAUUGGAUUUCCACAAUGUUGUCAACUUUUCUGUAAUUCUGUGGAAUUGCAGAAAAGGCGAGUUGAUUUUUUUGAGAACCCUUUCCAAUUUUUCGUUGAAGCGUUGUCAAAAUUACCAGAAUGUCCUGCCAUUUUGUUUCUCUUCCUCAAUGAUGGGGUGAUAAAGGUAACAGAUCUAGACCCAAAUGGUGAUAAAGUAAACAAAGCAUUGUUAGAUGAAGCAUUUGCUAUCAAUUUGGUUGGUUUUGAAGAUGACAGAACUACAAUGACGUAUAAGAAAAAAGUAGGAUUUGUGAAAGAUAGUUUGGAAAAGUUAUCAGGAUAUUUGGUGAGGAAGAGUAAAAAUAUUUUUUGUCGUGAUGAAGUGUACAGAUUUGAUCAUCAUUCUAUUUUUGUCACAGUAGCUCUUUUGUAUGGAGACAAAACACGAGUUGGCUUUAUACAAAAUUGUCCAACGGAUUUCCUAAGUUAUCUCACAACUUCAAAAACAUCUUCAAAAUCGGUUGCCAUAUCAUCUGAUCACUAUACCUAUUUGUGUGAACGUCUACUCCGAGAGUUUGAGCGUGAAAUGUGGGAUUAUGAUGAUUCUUGUAUUGACGAUUUAGAUGUAUGGAAAGAUCGUGAAUUUGUUGUAACAUUGAUCAGGUUGUUCGAUGAGAGAAAAGUUGAUAGACUUACCGUGUUAAGUAAUGCAUGCUAUUCUGGUUCAAAGGAAUGCGUUGUACAGCUUUUGCGUGAGGGAGUCAAACCUGACAAGGACACACCAUUGUGGCUCAUGAUUAUUAGAGGUGAUGUAUAUAUCGAAGGGGAUGUAGAUAUACUAAAGGCGGUCGUUACAUACUUGAAUGAAGAGAUAAAACUUGACUUGUUCAACAAAGCGUGUGAAUCUGGUUCAGUAGAAUGUGCUUUAUAUCUCCUACAUGAGGGUGUCAAACCUGACAGGGACACACCAUGGUGGUCCUUGAUUACAGGCGGUCAUCAUGGUAGAGGAGAUGUGGAUGUGCUAAAGAAUGUAAUGAUAUAUCUCAAUGAUCAGAUAAAACUUCACUUGUUGAACGAAGCAUGUGGUUCUGAGUCAGAAGACUGUGUCUCAUGUCUGCUGUGUGAGGGAGUCACACCUACUAAGGAAACACUGUUUCCCGUUUUGGAGUAAUGGGCUUAUGAAUGUGUUACGUAAACUGCUAAUUUUAUGACGUCACUCCAAUAGCGCGGGAUAGUUUCAAUAACAGUGUCCUACAUGAAGCCUGUCGGUAUGGGGAAGAGGACCUGGUGAACACGUUGUGUAACACUUAUCCAUACAUGGUACAUGACACAAAUGAAUGGGGAGAGACCCCACUUCAGGUUGCGAAGACGCGAGGAAACAUUUCUAUUAUCCAUAAAGUAGAGAGAACAGAAUCCUUCAUGAGAUCAAGUGCAUGAAUAUCUAGGUAUAUCAGGUAUUAAACACUGAUUCUAAGAUUCAUGUUUAAUUAUAUUUAAGAAACAAAAGACAUUUUUUCUCACUUUCUCAAUCGAAAAUGAAAACAAAGUAAUGCAAAUAUUGCUGGAUUCAGAUUAUCUCAGUUGACUAUACACAUCUAGGUAAAAAAGGAAACCUACAUAAUACGAAAUUCGGGAAAGAUCUGUAAGACAGUUUGGGAAAUAGUUAUAACAGAAUUGAACUGUCCAAAUUCAAAAUAGCAACCUGUAGGCCAGAUUCAGAUCUCUACAAUUAGUCCUAAAAUGACUAUGUACGACUAGGAACAAGGGAAAUCUACAUAAACUUUCUGAGAAAUGUGUAUCAAGACAGAACAUGCAAAACUACGACCAAAGGGAAGCAACUAUAAACUUUGAGAAAGAUCCGUUAUGUACUUAACGUGGACUGAUGAAUAUAGGCGAUUUCAAUAGCCCAUUAUCUGACGACUGUGGACUUGCUUUGUAAAUGAAUAUUAUUUUCUUUCAAAAUUAUACUUGUAAAAACUUACUUUGCUUGAAGAAAACAAAAAUAUAUCAGAGCCUAAACUUUUUAGCUCAUGAUCACGAUAGUGUGUUAUCAAUAUCAAUCUAUGAAAGUGAUCUUCUAUAAACAGUCCUUUGAAUACCAUGCAUGUAAAGCACUUAAAAGACAUCAUGUGCAGUUGGUUCCUCUUGGUCCCUUGUUGUACCAAAUUAAUUUUGAACUUGAUCAAAAGAAACUGACCGAUGGUUCUUACCAUAAGUAAGUUUGUUAACGCUAAUUCCUGAUGAUCUUGGAGGAUAUUUCUCAUACUUGGUGUGUAGGUUUCCUUUGCUACAUUAUUAUGCAUGAUUAAUCUUGAGACUGGUUUGGCCACCUUGGAUAUAUAAGAAACAUUUAAUAUCACUAUUUCUUAUUAAUACUUAAUUCAUCUUUUCAGAUUGCUUUAAUUUGUUCCAUUGUUUCCAAAUGGUUUAGAAGAGAGAAACGAUAAGAUCCGUUCCAUGCUUGCAUAUCCUAUAAUGAUUAUUCAAUUCAGGAUUCCAUGAUCCCUCAAAGACAUGGACUGCUCUUUGUUUAUUUCUGUGCCUGAGCCUUGUCCGAACUACUCCACACAAAUUUGUAACGGAUCUUUAAAACUUAUCAGGCUAACACGUCAUAAGUUAUUCUUGUGUUUUCCAGAGGAGUAUUUUUGAAUUACUUCCAUACUGUAAUAUGUUUGUUCAUUAAUGUCUUCAUAUGCGUGUAUGUUUCUCCAAGAAUGUCUAUAUAAACUUAGGCAUUGACCCUGGUAAAAUGUAAUACUGUAAUAUGUUUCUUCAGUAAUGUCUACACAAACUCAGACAUUAAACCUGGCAGAAUGUGUUGUACGUCCAUACUGUAAUAUGUUUCUCCAGAAAUGUCUACAUCAACUCAGACAUUAACCCUGACAAAAUGUGUUGUACUUCCAUACUGUAAUAUGUUUCUCCAGAAAUGUCUACAUAAACUCUGACAUUAACCCUGAAAGAAUGUGUUGUACUUCCAUAUUGUAAUAUGUUUCUCACGGAAUGUCUACAUAAACUCUGACAUUAGCCCUGACAGUAUGUGUUGUACUCCAAUUCCAUACUGUAAUAUGUUUCUCCAGGAAUGUCUACAUAAACUCAGACAUUAACCAUGACAGAAUGUGUUGUACUUCCAUACUGUAAUAUGUUUCUCCAGAAAUGUCUACAUAAACUCUGACAUUAACCCUGAUAGAAUGUGUUGUACUUCCAUACAGUAAUAUGUUUCUCCAGGAAUGUCUACAUAAACUCUGACAUUAGCCCUGACAGAAUGUGUUGUACUUCCAUACUGUAAUAUGUUUCUCCAGGAAUGUCUACAUAAACUCUGACAUUAACCCUGACAGAAUGUGUUGUACUCCGAUUCCAUACUGUAAUAUGUUUCUCCAGGAAUGUCUACAUAAACUCAAACAUUAACCCUGACAGAAUGUGUUGUACUUCCAUAUUGUAAUAUGUUUUUCACGGAAUGUCUACAUAAACUCAGACAUUAAACCCUGACAGAAUGUGUUGUACUCCCAUACUGUAACCUGUUGCAGAAGAAAUGUCUACCUUAAUUCCAAGACAUUAUUAUAAUGUAUAGGUAAUGUUUCGAGCUGAUAUAUUGCUGUUCUUACCAGCCCAAAUGACAAAUGAGCUUUAGUUUUGAUACAUCAUCCGUUGUCUGCCCAUCCAUAUGUUGUAUUCCAGGCGUUAUUUAUUUUUUUAUCCAACCAAGCUCUCAACCAAACAACACAAUAUAUUUUUAUGGUACGCAGGUCACUGGGGAGAAAUUUGUUAAAAAUAUGUAAAUGACCAAAUCUAAAUAACGAAGACAUCAUUUCUAUGGUAUUGGCCAAUAACAUACUAGUAUUAAGUGAUACAAAUUUGUUAAUGUACUGACCUAACUAAGGUAACGCGAGUCUACAUUUGUAUUUUUUCAGACUCAAAUAACCUAGAAUCAAAUAUGCUCCCUAAUGUAGAUAAGAAACGCCAAUAGAUGCUUUAUUAUAUACAGGAAAUAGCCGUGAUAAUGGAAUGUGAGAAACCAUUUUAGAUGACACAAACCUAUCAUCUAGGAACUUGACUCAUAUAAUACAGAAAAAGAAGUUAUAAAUGUAUGCCGUAAGUUAAGUGGAAAUAAAAACUGUGACGAGAACAAAAUCCCUACUUAACGUUUUAUUGGUUACAAGAAUAUAUUGAUAAAAUAUCUAUUCACUUUUUUAUUCGUUUUCAAUCGGGAAUUUUCCAUAUGUCUUGAUCAACUGGGCAUUUCACCACGGUGUAUAAAAAGGUGAUAGAGACAAUGCAAAUAAUUACAGGGAGGUUACUCUUGCCAGUUAUAUGGGGGAGUUAUUCACCUCUAUAAUGAAUGAACCUCUUGUGAAUUAGGUUGCUAAACAUAUUAUAUUAACAGAUGCCCAAUUUGGUUUUAGAACUGAAACUCAACUCUUGAUUUUAUCUAUCUAUUUAUUUAUUUAUUUAUGGGUAUUACGUCCGCUAUUACGGCCUUACGGCCUUUCAGCUGACGAAACUCUUGAUGCAAUAUUUGUUCUUUAAAUUUUAAUUAAAUGGAGUAAAUAAAGGUGGUAGAUAUA